AUGAGGUCGACUCUUGAAGAAGACCCUAAUGAACAGGCUGCAAUUGCCUUCUACAAUCUGGUCCGCCAGAACAUCAUCGCCUUCCUUCUUUUUCUCUCAUUAUACGCAAUAUCGUAUGUCCUAUUACAACGAUUUCGAAAAAAAUUUAGGGCUUCUGAUCCAGAUGACGAAGAUGAUGAUUUGUUUGGCAUUGACAAUUUGGUCAUAAUUGUCCUAUGUGCCGCAGGGCUGGCAAUGGCUUUGGCAGGCUUUUUAUUGUUGCCGUUCACGAUAUUUGCAACGGCAUUACUGCUUGAGGACUUGAACAAAGAAAUAUACUACCUGAGUUGGCUGGAUGCUGCUUUGCUGGAAACCCUCUGGAAUUACACCUUCAUAGGUUGCAACAUUACUCUAUUUGUGUUGCUCCCAUUUGCUUAUUUUUUUAAUGAGACUGAUCAACAAAUAACACUUAUUGCAAAAGCUAGAGACACCCUGAGCAUUAUGUUACUGGUUGGCUUAUUGAUGUAUGUUUUUAUAUAUGUGUCAAAGUUAAUUUUUGGGAUAGUAAAUAUCGACGAAUUUGUUGUCUUGAAUUUGUUGACGUGCUUAGGUGGUGCUACAAUUUGUUGGAAAGCAACGCCGAAAGGCUACAUUAGAAUAUGGGCAUGGAUAGGUCAACUUCCUUUAAACUUCAAUUAUAGACGAUCGUUGAAAAAUAAAUUAAGCCAACACAGAAUGGAAAUCAACGCCAUAAAACAAAAAUUGGAGAGUUUAGAUCGUGUAUGGAGAUCUCAUGGUGAAAAAGCGAUGGCCCGUUCAGCUACUGCAUUAUCUUCGACAGUUAAUUGUCCAUCUUCGUCUGACAAAUUAUAUGCAUCAAUGAAUGGGUUUUCAACUAACUCUAGAUCGGGAAUUUCUACUUUAAACAGAAGAGAUCUACUUACAGCACUUAAAACUCUCGAAUCUGAAAGCCGUCAAACUCAAUCUGAUCUUUCAAAAUCUCCUCUUUAUCGAAACAUGUCUUUUUUCCUUUUACUUAUACUUAGUCUUUUAAUAUGGGCUCUUCUACAAGUGCAUAUAUCAUGGGCUUUUAUUAAAAGUUUAUUUGUGGAUGAUGAUCAAUAUAAUACUUUGAAGUUAGAAUCUGCUUUUGGAAAAAAAACUGGAUCAGUUUUUGGAAGAUAUAGUGUCCUGUUUGAUAUUUGUUUGAUUUUUUACUUUACUGCGUCAACCAUAAUUGGUGUUUAUUCUAUUCAGCCAUUCAAAAGGAUACGCCCUCGUUGGAAUAGAAUGAACGUUCAACAUAUGAUAGCAAAUGUCACAAUAUUACUGGUUAUUAGCACAUCAUGGCCGUCUCUUGUAAGAAUAUUGGGCUUAACCCGAUUUGACUGGGUGGGUCCAUACGGACAUUUUCACAAAUUAAGGAGUACUGGCCAAUGGCUCGCCAUCAUUUUUCGUGCUGGUGCGUUUGUGACGACCUUAUUUUCUUUCUUGGAUUAUUAUAUCUUGAAAAAUUUACCGCGCGUACGGAGAUCGUCUAUAAGCCCACGGGCUAAUGGUGUGAUGCAUAAUACUUUUCUUAAUGGCGAUAUUGAUACGACGACAAUAAAUGGACAUAUAUUGCAUGAUCCAUGUCGAUAG